GUGCUGGCGGAAUCACACGCUGCACUGGCAGGCAGGGGAUGCGCCAGGAAUCUUAUGGGGUCCCGUGUUUAAACUGGAGCCAGAAACUUGAAGAUCCCAAACAUGUUGGAGUCCUACGUGACUCCGAUCCUUAUGAGCUAUGUCAAUCGUUACAUCAAGAAUUUGAAGCCUUCAGAUCUGCAGCUAUCGCUCUGGGGAGGGGAUGUGGUUCUCAGCAAACUUGAAUUGAAACUGGACGUUCUUGAACAGGAACUGAAGUUACCAUUUAUGUUUCUGAGUGGACACAUACACGAGCUCCGGAUUCAUGUACCAUGGACAAAACUCGGCUCGGAGUCUGUAGUCAUAACUAUUAAUACUAUGGAAUGCAUCCUGAAACUGAAAGAUGGUGGACAGGAGGACCAUGAAAGCUGUGGUUCCAGUUCCACCAAUCGGAGCACAACAGACAGCGUCAAAUCCCAGACCAAACCGCGGAAGAUCCAGCAGGCAGCCCCCGCCGACCCGGAUCUGCCACCAGGGUACGUCCAAAGUUUAAUAAGAAGAGUUGUCAACAACGUCAACAUUGUGGUGAACAACCUCAUCUUGAAGUAUGUUGAAGAUGACAUAGUCCUGUCUGUUAAUAUCACGUGUGCCGAGUGUUACACCGUGGAUGAGUUUUGGGACCGAGCGUUUAUGGAUAUUUUGGCCACUGAACUGGUCCUGAGAAAAGUUAUUAAUUUUUCUGACUGUACUGUGUGUCUUGACAAGAGAAACGCCAGCGGGAAAAUAGAGUUUUACCAGGACCCCCUGCUGUACAAAUGCUCUUUCCGAACCCGUCUGCACUUCACCUAUGACAGCCUUAAUUCUAAAAUGCCCUCUGUGAUUAAGAUUCACACGAUGGUUGAUAGUUUGAAGGUUUCUCUCACCGAUCAGCAACUCCCUAUGUUCAUCCGCAUAAUGCAGUUAGGGAUUGCUCUGUACUAUGGAGAAAUUGGGAACACAAAGGAGGGAGAAACAGACAACCCACCCAGUCACGCUAAAGAAACAAAUGUUACCAUUCCUGGAGGGGAAGAAGAAUUAGUGCCAGGCAUGCAGUAUCCAGCACAAGAUGCCUACUCCGUGCUAGAUGAUGAUGAUCAACAAGGAUGGGUAUCUUGGGCCUGGUCAUUCGUUCCGGCUAUUGUCAGUUACGGCGAUGAAAAUGAAGGGGAUGGGGACUACACUGCUUCAGAAGAUAACGCAACACUGCAGGGGCAGAAAUCACAGCCAUCCAAAGAUCCGAUUGUCUCAAUAGGUUUCUAUUGUACCAAGGCUACUGUUACAUUUAAGUUGACUGAAAUGCAAGCCGAGAGCAGCUAUUAUAGCCCUCAGAAGGUUAAAUCCAGAGAAGUCGUGCGGUGGGAGCAAGAGGGGACCACGAUAGAGGUUCUCAUGAAAGGAGAGCCAUUUUUUGACUGCCAGGUUGGGUUCGUGGGAAGCCAAGCUCUGUGCCUGAAAGGGAUCAUGGGAGUGAAAGACUUUGAAGAGAAUACUGGCCGGUCGGAUGGGGAAGCCUGUUUCUUUACCUGUGGGGAGAAUUUGAGUAACAAAGGAAACACUUACCUCACCAACUCGCUUUUCGACUACAGAAGUCCAGAGAACAAUGGGAUUCGGGCAGAGUUUAUUUUAGCUUCAACACACCAUAAGGAGACAUACACCGAGAUAGCAGGAAUGCAGAGGUUUGGGGCCUUUUACAUGGAUUACCUGUACACAAUGGAAAGCUCUGGUGGCAAAGGUUCCCUCAGCCAGCAGGACUUCCCAUCCUUAAAGCCUGAAGAAGCUGGCAGUUUCCAGGAGACGUCCACUAAACGUGUAGUCGUAGGCCCCAUGGAUCUCCGGCUGGACAGCAGCUCGGUGCACAGGAUUAUGAAGAUGAUAGCGUGUUCUUUGGACCAUGAGUAUGAGGCAUAUUGCACUCCUAAGCCCAUUACAGUAGAGGAAAGCAAAACCUUACCAAGUUUCGAAGAAGUGGCAUCUUUGGAGGAAUACAUUCCCACUCGGCUGACUUCCGUGACGUUGAUGAAAUGCACCAUUACAAUCACUAUGGCUGAAUUCAACCUUCUUGGGCAUUUAAUGCCUAUAAUAAUGGGUCACAAGCACUCCAGUGGGCCAUUAAACUCAACAAAUUUCCAGGCAAUUCGGCCUUUGCCUGCUUUCAGAAUGCAUGCCGACAAAAUCAACUUUGAGCAUUCGGUACCUAUGUAUGCAGAACAGCUAAUCCAGACGGUGAGCAGCCUCAGCCAGCCCUCGGAUAACCUGCUUCACCACUGCUAUGCCCACUGCUAUCUGAAGGUAUUUGGUUUUCAAGCUGGACUCGCAUAUCUCAGCAGUAAAGGCGCGUACUGCCCUCCUGUUCCGGUGAUACCCUCCUUUAGCACCGCUGUGUAUGGCAAACUUCUCAGACUCCCGCAGCACUGGGCUAACCGAACUCACGUUCCGUUGGUUGAAUACAUCUUUGAGCUGCCUAGCCUUACCAUUCAGGCAACAAGAGCUCAGACACUUUUGCUGCAAGUUAUUUGCCACAGCUGGUCUUACAGCUCAAACAGUUUUGGUUCUUCGAUGCUAAGCGAGGCGCUACUGAACGAAGUGUUCCCUUCAGCAGGUGUAAAAUCUAAGAAUCCCCUGCCAACUCUUGAGGGUUCUAUCCAGAACGUCGAGCUGAAAUUCUGCAGCACAUCAUUGGUCAAAUGUGUCUCCGGGACCGUGGGAUCAAUAAAAAUUUGUGCCAAAGCCCCAGGUGAAGGAGGAAAAGAGAAACUGAUGCCUUUGAUUCAGGGUCCUUCUGACACUCGAGAUCUCCAUCGGAGCAAGUGGCUGAAGGAGAGCAGAAAGCCGGACUCCCUGCUUGCUCCUGAUCUAUUAGCCUUUACAGUCCAGGUUCCUGAGCAGAUGGACUACUGCCACAGCUCUGGUGCAGUGCUUCUUGCCAGCAUUCAAGGCGUAGCGGUGAACGUGGAUCCUGUGGUGUAUACAUGGCUCGCUUACCAGCCUCAGAGAAGGAGCAGCAGACAGCCGCAGCAGGCUCUGGGAUCCGUUCCUCUUCCCGUGUCCCUAUCGAGGAAGAAGGAGGAUGAGGUGUCGGUUGGAAGCGCGCCCUUGGCAAAGCAGGCAUCAAAUCAGCCGUCUGAGUAUGCCAGCAGCCCUGUCAAAACAAAAACUGUAACAGAAUCACGUCCUCUGUCUGUUCCUCAAAAAGUCCUGCUUACCAGUAGAGAUGGCAGCAAAACUCCAGAGGAGAAGAUGAAAGAAUUUAUUGCUGUUAUAUGGAACGCAGUGAAGCGCCUUACACUCCAGGUUGAACUGCAGACAUGCUGUGUGUUCUUUCCGAGCGACAGCUUGCCAUCCCCGAGUACGAUAGUGUCCAGUGAUAUUCCGGGGACGGUGAGAGGCUGGUACCACGGCAAGACCAAUAUGCCAGGAACCCUUGUUCUCUGUUUGCCACACAUCAAAAUCAUGAGUGCUGGACACAAGUACAUGGAGCCAAUUCAGGAGAUCCCAUUUGUUGUGCCGAGACCCAUAGUAGAAGAAGGUGUAGCAUUUCCUUGGACCAUCAGUCUUCAGCAUUUCAGUGUCUAUACUCUCCUGGAUCAUAGAGUGAUUCUGAACUUAGUGGAGCCCAUGAGCUGCACUUCAACCCUCGCUGUGACCUCCCACAGCCUGUCGUCUUCUGAGCCGGACCCUGGACACUCUUUCGUGGUCUGUCUACACGUAGAUCUUGAGCCACUAGAAAUAAAAUGCUCCAAUCCACAGGUUGAGCUGAUAUACCAGUUAACGGACACCAUGAGCAAAGUAUGGGAGAAGAUCCAGAGGAGAGGCAUCCUAUGUCACCCGUCCAUGUACACCGAGACCCCUGCCGGCCAGACCCCCAGCUCUCCGGUCAGAAGCAGCGUUGGUACCGCUCCUCCAGAUACCAGCACAUGCAGCCCAUCUGCUGACAUGGGGACCACAACUGAGGGCGAUUGUGUGAAUGCAGCGGAGGAUUCCCCAUUUUCAGACUCCGUCACUCUGGAGCAAACGACGAGCAGUAUCGGCGUGUCCAGCGGACGGGUCAGCCUCUGGAUGCAGUGGAUGCUUCCCAAAAUCACCGUGAAGUUAUUUGCCUUGGAUCCUGGGUGCAAAGACACAAAGAUUUGUGUGGUGACCGAACUUGAAGACCUCAACGCAUCCGUCGAUGUCCAGGACGUGUACACUAAAGUCAAAUGCAAAAUAGAAAGCUUUAAUGUUGAUCACUACAGGAGCAGCCUCGCUGAAGACUCUUGGUGUCUGGGGCAGUAUGGAGGCGUCUUCCUCUCAUGUACUGACAAGCUGAACAGACGCACAACGCUGGUCCGACCCGUCAGCAAGCAAGAUGCUUUCAGCAAUUUCUCUGGCUUUUUCCCCUCUACAACGGCAAAGCUUUUAGAAAGCUCCCACCAGCAGCACGGGUUUCUAUCUCUAACGUACACCAAAGCCGUGACCAGAAACGUCCGCCACAAGUUAACCACUCGGAGCGAACGCAACGCCCGGAGCCUUCAGAAAUUUGCCGAAAGUCCAGCAGAUGGUUCCCCUCACUUCCUUCAUGAAAUUCUUAUUUCCGCGCAGGCCUUUGACAUUGUCCUCCUCUGCCCACUGUUAAACGCAAUUUCAAGUAUUUUUGAGGCCAAACGACCUCAAAAUCAGAAAGAGAAACGCAAGUCUCCUGGGCACCCCAUGAGAUCCCACACGCUGACCUCACGGAAUCUCCCUUUGAUCUACAUCAACACCAACGUCAUUCGAGUUUUCUUCCCUAAACCUGAAGAGAAACAGCCGGGUGCAGCAGCGAACCAGAGCACAAAUGAAGACACCUUGGUUCUGAAAAUUGGCUCAGUGUCCAUGGCUCCCCAGGCGGACAAUCCCCUCAGCAGAAGUGUCCUGAGAAAGGAUAUUUAUCAACGUGCCUUGAACUUGGGAAUUCUUAGGGAUCCGGGAUCAGAAGUCGAAGACCGACAGUACCAGCUUGACCUACAGUCUAUUAACAUAGGGACUGCCCAGUGGGAGCAGCUGAAACCUGAAAAGGAGAAUAGCAGCGGGGGCCAUCUGACGGAAGGAGACCGGGGAUCACAGAAUCCAGCUUUGGAAUGGAACAUGGCCAGCAGCAUUAAACGUCAUCAAGAAAGGAGAGCAAUACUCAGUCCGAUUUUAACCGAUUUCACGGUUCGUGUAACCGCCGCUCCAGCUAUUAUAUUCAGUAAAGUGUCCCCUGAGAAUACGCACACUGAGGAUAUUUUAGUGUGUGGCCAUGCAUUGGAAGUGAACGUUACCACAAGCUUGGACUUCUUCCUAAGCGUGGCUCAAGUACAACUUCUUCAACAGCUGGUGCAAGCGAACGUGGUUGGAUUUGAACAAACAAACAUGGCUGCCGAGGCUUCCAAACAAGAGCAACAGAAACUGGAUCCCACGGACGGCCGCACAGUUGACGCAUCGUCCCGAUACAGUGGCGCCCAGGAUAGCGGGAUUGGAAGUGACAGCGUGAAGAUAAGAAUAGUUCAGAUUGAGCAGCAAAGCGGCACUAGCCAUCACAGAAUAGCCAGGCCUUCCAAGCAGUCCUCCAUUGUAAAGAAUCUUAACUUCAUCCCAGUUGAUAUCUUCGUCACUGCCAGUCGCAUAUCUGUGAUGACCUACUCUUGCACUGCGGUGCCCAAGCUGAGGAGCGAUACUGAAGGGGAAACAGGAGGGAAAAGUUCACUAAAUCUUUCAAAUGCCGAAGCCGACGGAGUCCACGACAAAUCAGCACAGUCUUGCAUCUCCACUCUCACAGCUGAGGACCUUUUGAAUAGUAACACUUCUUCUCCGAACAGCGGUAGAACUGGAGUCCUUUCUCUUGAGCGUCUUCACGCCUCUACGAGGUCUUCUGCCCGCCAGGCCCUGGGCGUUACAAUCGUGCGGCAGCCCGGACGAAGAGGUACAGGGGACUUGCAGCUGAACCCGUUCUUACAGCUCACAGUGUCCCAGCCUUCUUUGCUGGUGAGCUGCCAUCACCGGAAGCAGAAGGUGGAAGUGUCCCUGUUUGAUGCGCUCCUCAAGGGAGUAGCUCCUGAAUACAAAUGUUCCGAUGCUGGGAAGACUCUGCCAGAAGGUCUCGAUUACACCGAGAUUUGGCUACAGACGGUAGCAGGAGAAAUAAAUGCAAGAAGCGGGAUCCCUCCUCCAUUUAUUACCCUGCAAAUAAAAGAUUUUCUUAAUGGACCAGCGGAUGUCAACAUAGAGAUAUCAAGGCCGGUAAAAGCCAACCUGAGCUUCGUCAAGUUGGAUCAAGUCAACCAUUUCACUGAGAAAAUUUUUAUGAAAAACCUCAAUGAUGCCCCGCAGGAUACGAUCGCAUUGGCCAAUCCCGCUCUUAAUACACAAGAGACUCCAAAACAUGUAUCUUUCCAAAGUAAAGAGGCGGGCGCUUCACUCAGCAAGGAAAAUGUUAGAAUCGGUUCCUCCCAGGACGAUGUUUGGAGACCCGUAUUCUGCUUCCAGAAGAUCUCUUUCCAUACUACCCAAGUGGUGUUUUCUUUGGAGACAGUCCCACACCCCAGAAAUCCCUGUAUCUUAACAUCCUUCUCAGAUCUUCAGGGAUCGCUUACAAUCCGGCCAGGAAGCAAGACAUCAGAUCCAAUCGCUGGUGCGUCAUGUACCCUGGACCUUAAUGACUUUGUUCUGAAAACACGCUUGAAUGAAAGAAACAGGAAUCUGAUUGGCCCCGUGUCUGGCUCCAUUAACGUGGAAGCUAAUUGGUGCAAACAUAGUGGAAACCCCAGCUCCAAACUCACCUUUCCCAAAGUACUUGUUAAUUUGAGGUGUGGGGUAUUGCAGGUUUUCUGGGGUCAAGAGAACUUAAACUGCUUAACACUUUUAAAUGAGCUUCUCCAAGAAUACUUAAAAAGACAGUCCAGAUGCGACCCAGUGAGCUAUGAUCAGUCCCAUUCUGUGACCUCUCCUGCUGUGGGGAAACCUCAAAGCUUUAAGACAGAGCAGAGCUCCGACGACCUGAGGACUGGACUCUUUCAGUACAUACAGGAUGCAGAUGCACAGAAACAGCCAAAUGCAUAUGAAGUGGUAUUCUAUAACGAGACAGAGGACAGUCCCGGGAUGAUGCUGUGGAGAUACCCAGAGCCCAGGGUGCUGACGCUUGUAAGAAUAACGCCAGUCCCAUUUAACACAACAGAGGAUCCUGAUAUCAGCACUGCAGACCUGGGAGAUGUUCUACAGAUCCCUUGUAGCCUUGAAUACUGGGAUGAACUCCAGCGGUCAUUCGUAGCCUUUCGAGAAUUCAGCCUGUCUGAGAGCAAGGCCUGUGAGCUCCAGCUGCCUAGCCUUUCCUCUGUAAGCGACCAAAAGGAACUCGUAACCUCUGACCUUUGGCGUAUCGUCCUGAAUGGUAAUUCCAGUGGAAUCGAUGACCAGAGCUCUGAAAGCGAAUCUGGCUCGCAAAGCGCCUGUGACCAGCUCGUAACUCCUACAGCGUUGGCAGCCUGUACCAGGGUGGACUCGUGCUUCACCCCGUGGCUCGUCCCAUCACUUGGAGUUUCCAUCCAUUUUGCACACCUGGAGCUACACUUGUGCCAUCACCUGGAUCAGUUAGGCUCAGUUCCACCCAAAUGCUUACACCCUUUUAAGUCAGAUAAGACCAUGCCAGGUGACCUGGAAUACAUGGUCAUCUCUUUGAAAGAACCUCAUGUGUAUGCACGACAAUGGAGCGAAGUGUCCGUCUGCAAAGAGAUACAGUUCUCCACCACGGCAGACUGCAGUCUAUUGGAGUUCCGUAACCUCACCAUGAGGGAGCUGGUGAAACAAUUUCACAUCCAGGGGCAGGUGGCCGUUUCCGACAGUGCCCUCGAGAAGAUUCUGAACGUCACCGUCUUGGUUGAUCCAGUAUUUGUCAACUUCGGACAGCAUUCGGUGCAGUCCAUUAACACAGCGAUUCAAGCUUGGCAGCAGAAUCAGUGCCCUGAGGCCGAGGAGUUGAUCUACAGUCAUUUUGUCAUCUGUAAUGACACGCAGGAGACGCUGCGGUUUGGCCAAGUAGAUACUGAUGAGAAUAUAGUGCUGGCCAGUCUCCACAGCCACCAGUACUGCUGGCGCUCACACAAGUCCCCACAGCUGCUCCACAUCUGUAUCGAAGGCUGGGGAAAUUGGCGCUGGUCAGAGCCGUUUAAUGUGGACAAUGCCGGGACGUUUAUCAGAACCAUCCAGUACAAGGGACGGACGGCGUCCCUUAUCAUCAAGAUCCAGCAACUGAAUGGAGUGCAGAAACAGGUGACGAUAUGCGGAAGGCAGGUCAUCUGCAGCUACCUGUCAGAGAGCAUCGAGCUGAAAGUGGUUCAGCAUUACGUGGGACCCGAUGGCCAGGCUGUGGUACGGGAACAUUUCGACUGCUUAGCAGCCAAACAGAAACUGCCUUCUUACGUUCUGGAAAACAAUGAGCUCUCCGAGCUAUGCGUUCGGGCAAAAGGAGACGAAGCCUGGUCCCAAGAUGUAUGCCUGGCAUCGGAUGCCGCUGAGCACAGCAUGAUAAUUCAGGUGCCGUCUUCAAACAGGUCCAUCAUCUACGUGUGGUGCUCUCUUCUAACGCUGGAGCCCAGUUCCCAAGUGCAGCAGAGAAUGAUCAUGUUUAGCCCACUUUUUAUCAUGAGGAGCCAUCUCUCUGAUUCCAUCAUCGUACAUUUGGAGAAAAGGAGCCUUGGGUUAACGGAAACGCAGAUAGUUCCAGGAAAAGGACUGGAAAAAACCCUACAGAACAUAGAACCGGAGUUAACCCAUCACCUGAUGUUCCAAGCAAGGGAAGAGGAUGACCCCUCGCAAUGUGCCGUUCCCAUUUCAACCUCUCUUAUUAAACAGAUAGCCACAAAAACUCAGAGCGGGUAUUCUGCAAGUGAGAUUAUUUCCGAGUUCUAUGGAGAUGAAAGCGGUUCUCAGCCAGAGUGGCCUUAUAAUAAAAAAGAAACGGAAGGCGGUAAGCAGCUGGCUCAGUGGGAUAGCCCCAUGAGGGUGAAGCUUUCCAUCUGGAGACCUCACUUGAAGACGCUGCUCAUUGAACUGCUCCCAUGGGCUCUGCUCAUCAAUCAAUCCAGGUGGGACCUCUGGGUUUUUGAGGGCGAGAACAUUGUGCUCCAGAUUCCUGCUGGGAAAACCAUCAUACCUCCCAAUUUCAAGGAAGCCUUUCAAAUAGGGAUUUAUUGGGCUAACACAAACACGGUGCACAAGUCCGUGGCGGUCAGACUGGUCCAUGACAUGACGUCGCCGAAAUGGAAGGACGUGGAUAAUGGGGAAGUAGUGACCUUGGAUGAAGAAGGAUCCGUCGAUGCCGGCAUCAAACUGGGUGCAUUCCCUGGACAUCAAAAGCUCUGCCAGUUUUGCAUCACAUCCAUGGUUCGAAACGGAAUCCAGAUUUUGCAGAUUGAAGACAAGACAUCAAUUGUCAACAAUACUCCGCUGAAGAUUUAUUACAGUCCACAGAUGUCCAUCUUCCCGCAGCGAUCAGAAGAGGAGUAUGUGCCUGUACCAGAUAGCACUGUUUUCACUAUCAGCCCGGUCGGGGAACAUUCCAAUGCGAAAUCCAACGCGGUUCCAUGCUGGGACCUCGUGUCGGACUCCGUGCACCCAACUGCGGAAGCAUCGCCCCUACAGAAGUACCUCCUGCUGAGCCUCUGCCCGGGUGUUGGGGCUGGCAGUGCUGAGUGUUGGAGCCAGCCUGUCAUGAUACGUCAAGACCUUCCAAGGCAGAGCGUGGCGGUGCCCGUGUCCGACUAUGGAGAUAGCGACUUAUGCACCAAGGCUGUAGUGAUGACCUACCAAGAGCACCUUGGAGUGACUUACCUAACUCUCACAGAAGAUCCCAGUCCUCGCAUUAUAAUCCGUAACAGGUGCACGGUUGCAUUGCUGCUGAAGGAAAAUAUUAAAGAUACUCCGCGAUUUCCAGUGUAUUGCAGGAAACUUCCAGCCGAGUGUUCGGUUCAUUACGAGCUUUAUCACCAGCUGGCGGGCUUUCCUGACUGCAAAACCAAAGAUGUACUUCCGAGCAUUUUUCUGAAAGUAUUGUCGGAUGAAAGCGCAGCCGAAUGGAGUGACAUGAUAGACAUCAGUAACCUGGGCACUCAGGUUGUGUUUCUGACCGGCUAUGGCUAUGUGUACGUGGAUGUUGUUCAGCACUGCGGCACUUUGAUCAUCACGCUUGCACCAGAAGGUAGAGCUGGCCCUGUGCUAACAAGCCUCAACAGGAUGCAGAGCCAGAGGAUUGUGUAUAAACUCUUCAUCACCCAGCUCAGUCUUGGAAUUUUAGAUGAUGUUACAAAUUACAAGACUUCCUCAGAGCUUUUACGCCUCACAUUAGACAACGUCUACCUUCACAUGGCUCCAGUCAGCAGCUAUCUCCGGCAGCCGUGUCGAGAACUUCCGUCUGAUAUUGUAAGCGGCGUGCCGUUGUUCUACAGCUUGGAGGUGUACUGUGGAGACUUACAACUGGAUAAUCAGCUGUACAACAAGUCCAAUUUCCAUUUCCCUGUCCUGGUUUGCCAAGUAGAAAGAAGUGACAGUGCUAAAUGGCCAAAGUCAAAUCUUUACGUGUCAACAAAAGAACUUGAAGACUACAAGGAAAGUUCCUUUCUUAAACUCUUCAUCACCUUAUCUGUAGAACAAGAUGUCUAUGACCUGAAUGAACUAAGCUUUGAACUAAAGCCUUCCCGACUUUAUGUUGAAGAUACGUUUGUCUAUUAUGUGAAGACCCUGUUUGACACUUACCUUCCAGAAAAACUACUAGAGGGCACGGUGAAGAUUGCUGAAGCUAAGACCCCUUAUACAUUGCCAGAACAAGUCCAAAACUAUGCAUCUGCCCUCGUCAGUCCAAUUAAGCUCAGGAAACUAACAGUGCAGCCCGUCAACCUCUUGGUUAGCAUUCACGCUUCUCUAAAACUCUACAUUGCCUCAGAUCACACUCCGUUGUCCUUCUCCGUGUUUGAACGAGGACCGAUCUUCACCACUGCCAGGCAGCUUAUACACGCCCUGGCCAUGCAUUAUGCUGCUGGUGCCCUCUUUCGAGCAGGCUGGGUGGUUGGAUCUCUGGAAAUACUUGGAAGUCCGGCAAGUCUUGUGAGAAGCAUCGGGAAUGGAAUUGCUGACUUCUUCAGGCUCCCGUAUGAAGGACUCACUCGUGGCCCUGGAGCUUUUGUUAGUGGGGUCUCUAGAGGCACCACAUCUUUCGUAAAACACAUCUCCAAAGGUACGCUCACAUCUCUCACUAACCUCGCCACAAGCCUGGCACGCAACAUGGACAGACUGUCUCUGGAUGAAGAACAUUACAACAGACAAGAGGAGUGGAGGAGGCAGCUGCCAGACAACCUGGGAGAAGGAUUAAAACAGGGAUUGUCCCGCCUGGGCAUAAGCUUGCUAGGUGCAAUAGCUGGCAUUGUGGAUCAGCCAAUGCAGAAUUUCCAGAGGACAUCAGAGACCCAGACAUCAGCUGGGCACAGAGCCAAGGGAGUUAUCUCUGGCGUGGGAAAAGGGAUUGUUGGCGUCUUUACCAAGCCAAUCGGAGGAGCGGCAGAGCUGGUGUCACAGACCGGAUAUGGUAUCUUGCAUGGAGCAGGACUCUCCCAGCUCCCCAAGCAACGCUAUCUGCCCUGUGAUUUGAAGACCAACCAAGCUCCAAACAGCCACGCGAAAUAUGUCUGGAAAAUGCUGCAGUCUCUGGGAAGACCUGAAGUCCACAUGGCCCUUGAUGUAGUUAUGGUCAGUGGAUCGGGACAGGAGUACAUGGGAUGCUUGCUACUCACUUCAGAAAUCCUGUUUGUAGUCAGUAUCAGUGAGGACACACAGCAGCAGGCCUUCCCGGUCACUGAAAUUGAGUGUAUGGAGGAGCAGGGUACAGAGAACUGUCUAAUAAUUCAGAUGAAGCAACAGCCAGCAGUCAGUGAACUGGAGAAUGAUGGAACCAGAGAGAGACUUUCCGAACAACAGUACAGUCGACUGGUGGAGUAUGUCUCAAAAACUUCUCAUCACCUGAUCCACAGCAACUCUAACCAGCACGUGAUGUCUCAGGUAGUCGCUGCCGAACCACCCCCCGCCAACAUCAAGACCUAUCAGUACCUUGUGGACUGUCAUUCUGGCAGGAUAUUCAUUAGCAAAUUCAAAAUAGUUAAAAAUAAGGCUCUACGCAGGGGCUUCUGCUAAUCCUUUGCCUAAACAUUUACAUAAAUGAUUGGAUUGUCCUCCAUCCACUCGGCUACAAAG